AUGCAAAUGAUCGACGGGGCUCGCGAGCUGCUGCGGCAAAGCGUAAUGACGCUGCAGUCGGAGAUGUGCAGCGGAAGUCGACUGUUGUGGAAGAAGUGGAUAAGACUGGAGCAGAAAUACGGCGACAAGUCUUCGCUGCGGACGGUGGUGGAGCUGAGGGCGCUGCAGCGGCUGGGCCUUGGCCCGGAAGCAGCAGCUUGCUGCUUGGAGGACAGGGAGCAGCAAACAGAGAAUCCUGCUGCUGAUGCUGCUGCUGCUGCUGCUGUUGCUGUUGCUGCUGCUGCGGAGUCCGAAGCCACCUGCUGCUUCUCCCCCAACAAAGCUGCAGCAGAUCUGGACCCCGCGGAAGUCGCAGCAGCAAAAUUCAAAAUCAGAAAAAGGGCAGGGUUGAUGUAG